AUGUCUGUUUCUAAAAUCGCUUUCGUUUUAACCGCUAUUGCCUCUUUUGCCGCCGCUGAAACCGCCGGUCAAACUGCCGAAUUACAGGCGAUUAUUGGUGACAUUAACUCCCAUCUUUCCGACUAUUUAGGUUUGGAAACGGGUAACAGCGGUUUCCAAAUCCCUGCUGAUGUCUUGAGCGUCUACCAACAAGUUAUGACUUACACCGAUGACUCUUACACUACCUUGUUCAGUAAACUGGACUACGAUGCCAUCACCAAGACAAUUGUCAAAUUACCAUGGUACACCACUAGAUUGAGUUCCGAAAUCGCCGCCGCUGUUGCCUCUGUUUCUCCAGCUUCUUCUUCUUCUGCUGCCCCAUCCUCUUCCUCUUCUGCUACCCCAUCCUCUUCCUCUUCUGCUGCCCCAUCCUCUUCCUCUUCUGCUGCCCCAUCCUCCUCCUCAGCAGCUUCCUCCUCUGUUGCUCCAUCCUCUUCCAAGGCAGUUUCUUCUUCCGUUGCUCCAGCCACUUCUACCGCUAGCACUUCUGUUGUAACUGCAUCCAACGCUGGUCAAAGAAUCAACGCAGGCGCUGCCUCUUUCGGUGCUGUUGUUGCCGGCGCAGCUGCUUUGUUGUUGUAA